UGCAGAGGGACAGAUGGCUCGGGUCAGAACUUGAAGUGAUCAGUCGGUGUUGGCUGCAGUUAAACAGGACCAGCAUCUCCGCAAACGUUCCUCCUGUUCUAAUAGAGGCAGAAGUGAACAUCCCCAGCUGACCCAGGCGAUCUUCUGUCUUCUCUACAAAACGAUCAUGGAUGACGCAGACGUUCUCGUUACCAAAAUCAACAAAUGGGUGUGUCUGCAGAAAGAAUGUUCGAGGAAGUUGACCAAUCUGGCGUCUGAGCUGGAAGAUGCUGUGAAGGCUGCCAACGUGACCAAAGUGGUCGGCAGCUCGGUGUCGGUGGGGGGAGCAGCCGCCAUGACAGCGGCGGGAGUUCUGACGGUUCUGACCGGAGGAGUAGCGCUGCCUGUUCUGGCUACAAUGGGUGCGGUUGGAGCCGUGGCUUCUGGGACCAGUCUGCUGACCAGCGUCGGUUCUGAGGCUUACAGCGCCAGCAAGUCCAAAGACAUCAUGGAGGAGGCCAAGAAAGUCCUGGACGAGUUGAAGAGUCUGGAAGAAGAAAUGAAGAAGCUCAUGAAGUCCCUGAAAGAAAAAUCCUGCAGUUCCUGUGAUGAUGAUGAUAAUGAUGAUGAUGAUGAUGGCGACAUUCUGGAGAUGUUCAUGAGAUCAGAGGCCAGACGACAUGGAAUAAACCUCUCUGGCAGUAUCAGGAUCAGAAAGGUUUGUGACGUACGGAAAUUCAACAUCUCCAGGAGGAUCAUGGCCAACCAAGUUAUGCUGGCAGCAAGCGGCGCCAUAAUCCUACAAGCUCUGGUCCUGGCAGUUAGAGAAGGAGGCAAGAAAGCGGCUUCGUCUGUGGGGAAAAAGGCAGGAUCAGCAGCACUUGGAUGUGUUGCAGGUGGAGCUGUUGGGCUCUUGUUCUCGGUUCCUGAGCUGGUUAACGACUGCCAGAACCUGGACAACAAUGAGACUGAAGUCAGCGAGACCCUGAGGGAAAACGCCAGGGCCAUAAGGACCUCCGCUCAGGAGACAGAGGAAGAGUUGGAGAAAAUAAGAGAGCAGAAGUUUCCUCUGACGGAUUCUGGUGAGCAGCUGAUCCUCCCUCUGGACUCCAUCUGCUCUAAAGACAUCCUAUCAGACAGAAAAAUCCUUCAGCUGUCAGAGAAUAAAAGAACCAGAACAGCAGUGAUGGCUUCCCGACGCUGGGCCGGCUUGUUCCUGUUAGCCUCGUUGAUCCUUCUUCUGCACUGGACAAACACCUCUGCUCGGUCUGUUGAUGACGCACCACAGGCCCAAUCCCUGCAGCGCAGAGCUCAAAGACAGCUACCCGACAGUACCAGAGAGUGGGUGCAAGCAUCUACAGAAGUCGUCAAAAGCAGUCUGACUGUCAUCAAAGAAGUGAUCGAAAACAUUCCCGUCGACAAAGUCACAGAUGUGAUGAAGAGCUUCUCUAAGUUCGCCAGCCUGGCACCCGGCAUCGGAACUCUGGUCGCGUCCGUCCUCAAUAUGGUCUUGGCGUUAAUCCCUCAGGAGAACCCGGUGCUGAAUGAGGUAAAGAAGGGGUUUGCUGAGGUGAACCGGAAGCUGGACUCUCUCUCCAUCCAGAUCUCGAACCUGGCAGCAGAUGUAGAAUGGUUCAACUAUGCCAGCGUCUACUCUAGAGACGAAGUCACCAUCCUCAACGCCUGGGAAAAGUUCAAUGACCUUCGUCAGAACAGCAACUUGGUGCAAAGUGCAGAAGAGAGACUCAGACUGGCUGAAAUAUUCACCAGCUACUAUGAAAACUCAGGGGCCGAGUCCAGUGUGUACAAUCUUUACCGCUACCUGACAGUUGAGAGCGCAUCUCUGCAUGAAAACCUCAACAAUCUGCUGAAGAAGAAGUUUAAAUGUGGCAUUAAUAUAAUCGGCAGAUACAACUUGUACUUCAGCAGCUUGUUGUGGAAGGGCAUGGUGCUCAACCAGUUCUACUGGAAGCUGAUUGGUUUCAACACAGAAAGCAAAGAGGCUGAACAUGUGCAGAUGUUCAAGAAGGUCUCUGAAGCCCAGCUAGCCGCCAUAGACUACUGCUUACAGAAUUAUGAGCAGUACAUGAAGAAAGAUGUGGAGGAGACUGCUAAAGGACUCAGUGCUGAUGACAAAACUGCUGUGGCACUUAAGGUGAAAGAGGUUCUGGACAAGAAGUAUAACUGGUACAAGUGGGUGGUGGUGGUCUACAACAAGGCAGACAAAGACAAUCACCUGGUGUUUGGUGCCACUGAGGUUGAUGCAGGGAGCAUCAUUGUGCUUGUGAGCCACACUCUCCAUGGAGCUCAGAUAGAUGUCCCAUAUGUUAAGAAAACUGCAGAAACCUGUUUCAGCAAUGGAUACUGCACAAACAUCCGAACAGAUCAAUGCCAGGAAAGCCACUGGCCUCAAGCCUGGGGGGGUGCUUCUUCUUCUGUCCAAAUUGUUUUUAAUGAAUAUGCCAUAGUGUCACAUGUCACCUACAAUGAAGAAUUUGCAGAGUUCCCAGCACCUCUUCAUCGAGUGGGCUGCUCCUGGUCAACUGGUGGUGGAAGGAUUUCCAUACAUUUCUCCAGGAAGCUGCCUGUCUGUACAAAUUAUCCCUGUCAGAACAACGGACGGUGUGAGAGAGUCCUGGACUCAAACGAAUGGUUCUGCCGAUGCCCCACUGGAUUCUACGGAGAACACUGUGAGCAGCGCAUUGACACAAGACCAGCACCCAAAAAAGAUGCCAUCUUCCCCCCCAUCAAAUCCAUCCAGGACAGGGUCAAAAACCUUGAGCACAACCUGGAAAAAAUCAUGAACAGAUGUCGCAUUUCUUAGGAGAUUUCUGCAGGAUUCUGAUGGAUGACACCAAUGACUUAAUUCCAUCCGAUUGCUAAAAGUCAUCUGAAAACCGAAAUUACAGCAAAUGAACAAGAACUGAUGAAUCAGAAAAGACUGGCCCUGCAAUUCAAUAAACCGCCACAAGAUGGCAACAAAUAUUCAUGUUUCAAUAAAAUGCUUCUGAAUAAAUUGA